UGUCAGUACAGCCGUCCGUUUGUCUGUCGCGCAGGUGUGUGCCAUUUCUUCCUUUCGUGUUAAAUACCGAAAACUCCAGAUGACAAAGUAAACGCCCGAUGACUGGGAUAUUUCCCCGGACUCCUGAAACAAACUGGAGUGUUUGCGGAUGCUGUGGGAACGAAAAAAAACGGGGAAAAAAGCAGAGCUAACGGUCCUAACGUUAACACGUUAGCCCCGGCACGACAGGUGCACCGCGGCUACGAGGUUUGACACGUUAGCCUCAUCGUGUGUGUAAACACACAGCUUUAACAGCCCUGGAAAUAAGUGUUCCAGCUUCGUACAGAGUCAGCUUAUAAGUAUCGACAUUAUAGAGCAACCUUACACAAAGAGUGAAGUUCUACAUCAGGAAACCUGCAGCCUCGCCUCAGACCACCACCCUCCGCCCCUCUCUGCCUGUCUCCAGUUAUCACUCCCUACUCCCUUUUCUCCCCUCCACCUCUUUCCUGCCUGUUUUCACCUUUCAUCAUCUUGUGUCCUGUCCCCUCCACUCCCUCCUCUUCUUUUUUCAGUUUUUCGUCUCCCACCACAUCCUCCUGUCUCUGGGUCCCCCCUCUGUCCUCAGGGGCUGAAAGCUGACAUGGCUUCGGCCCAGUCAGAGAAGUCCAGCGUCCUGCAGGAGGAGCUCACCUGCCCAGUGUGCCUGGACUUGUACCGCGACCCCCACUUGCUUCCUUGCGGCCACAACUUCUGCAGCAUGUGCCUGGACCGCCUAAAGCGGCAAGCAGAGCGAGGUCGCUUCCGCUGCCCGGAGUGCCGCGACAGCCACCGGUGUGGCAUCAACUUUCAGAAGAACUUCAAACUAGCCAAUAUUUCUGAUGACUACCGGCGCCGGUGCAGAGCUACCACUGCAGCCGCCGCAGCCUCAAAGUCCAGCCAGCUGCUGUCAUCUUCUCUGGCGACGCAGCAAGUCGGCUUUGCGUUUGCUGUUCCAUGUGACUACUGCCCCCCAUUCGCCCCCGAGGCAUCAGACACCAGCGCCGCCACGGACGGGUCUUCUGCUGCUGCUGUUUCUCAGGAAGAUGCCGACAAGCAGGAAGGUGCCGCUGCGGGGUUGAUUUUUGCCGUCAAAACGUGCCUGAAGUGUGAGGUGUCCAUGUGCCAGGAGCAUGUGAAGCCACAUCUGGAAUUACCAGCGUUCCGCGAGCAUCCGCUGACAGAACCGAUGAUUGACUUCAGGAAGAGGAAGUGCCCGGAUCACGAUGAGAUAUACAGAUAUUACUGCAUGGAUGACAAGGUGUGCGUGUGCAACGCCUGCACCAUAGAAGGAGGACACCUGGGACACACGAUCAAGACCCUGAAAAACACAAUGAAAGAUCUCAAGGGAACGCUGGAUAAGCAGCUGUACCGGGUUGAAAGGAAGUACAGCAAGGCGGAGAGAAAACUCCAGGAGCAGAAGGAGAAGGAGAGGCAGAAUAAGAAGUUUCUGGAGGACUCUGAGCAGAGCCUGACCGGGCUGGGCGAGGAGAUUCAGGCCAAAGUGCUCGGCUUCGUCGUCAGGUUGCGGGAAUGCACGCGUACUCACUGUGAAACCAACGGGCCGACGAUUCAGAAGAACAUCUCCAGGAUCUGCCAGGACCAGGCCCGUCUCCAGGAGGCCCGCUGCGGCAUCGAAAGCCUCAUGCAGGAAACCGACCCGUUCCGCUUCAUCGAGGCAUACAAGACAGUAGGAAAACAGUGCUAUAGGAAGCUACGAAAAAGCAUGUUCUACCCAGAAUAUGUGGACAUGGAGACAGACGUUGUUGGCGUGAUGAUGGAAGGAGAGAUGAGGAAUUUCCUCGAGGAGCUACCGUGUCACAUCCUUCCUGCCAUCAGCUCCCUGUGUCAUCCGUCAGAUCUUGAGGAGGAGGAGCAGGAGGACAAUGAGGAAGAGGCUGCGGAGGAGGACUACAACUACGACGAAGACCUCGACGACAGCAGCGCUGAGGAAGUGAGGAGCGAGGGGGACGAGGAAGAUGACGACGACGAUGACGACGAGGACGAGGACGAAGGGCAUGACCAGAGUGAGCUGGCCGAUGAUCUUUACAGCCCGGAGGAGGAGGAGGAAGAGGAGGAGGAAGAGGAGGAUGAAGAGGACGAGGAUGGAGAAGAGGAUGACGAGGAAGACAGAGGGGUUUAACCGAGGACUUUAUUUAUAUACAUAUAUUUUUACAUUUCUGGAUUUAAUCUUAAUCUGCGGGUGAGUGCAGCAGAUGUUCAGGUCGUAACAUCUGCUUUAGUGUCGCACUCAUCUUCUCUUUGAAUGUCUCUUGUUCAGUUAAGGACUCAAACUGCUGCCAUGUUUUGCCUCGAACCUUCCUACAAUAUUCUGAGAUGAGACGCUGGCUGAUAGCAGAGCUUUGAUUCAGCUGGAUUUAAAUCUAACAAUGCACUGAGACUCUGCCAAUGUGAAUCUUAUGCUUAACCUGUGUUGCAUACUGCUAAACUUUAUUAAGGUGCUUUAUAACUAGAAGACGUUUGCUGUGUACGGACACGCACACGAAUGUGAAUGUAUAGUGACUUCAAACAGAAUGUGGCAAAACCUCUGCAUGUCUGUGAUUGUGCCGCAUUUUGCAACAGUUUGCUAAACAUUUUCCGAAAUGCCAGAACAGUGUUGACAGAUUUGAUUGAAUUUGUUUUAAGGACUUUCACCUGUUCACGUGAAUUUUUGAUACAACAGGUGCUAAGCAGAGAGAGCUUCUGAAGCCUCUGAAAGAAUUUCUCUUAAAUAUUCCAAGCGUAGACAAGGAAAUGUUUGUAAAGCUUCCCAGUUUUCCGCCACCAUAGAAAGCCUUUUGAUCGGCAUCCUUGCAAACAGGCCACGAUUCUGACGACAUGUUUGACCUGAAGGAGGACGAACACGCAAGGCCUCUAACAAUCACUUGAAUGAGUCCUGCGUGCACGGAUUGUUCUUUUUGUUUCAGUCACGCUAGAGCUACAACAUUGCAAGCCAAAGAGUAAGGAUGUGCGAGUGCAUGGAUGCUUUGAAAAGUUUGUUUGCUGGGCAUGAUGUUAGAAAAAAGAAAUGCUAUGUGUUAAUAACAUGAGGCUACAGGAUGACUUUGCUUUUCAUAGUUGUGCUUUAAAAGUAAUUGAUGCAUUAUUUAAAAAAAAUGUCAAAUGUUCCUAUGCACAGUUCAUACAUUAUUCCCAAAAUAUCAGUUUCAGGUGAUGAGGAAUUUUGCACUUUACUACAAAAAAUGCUAAGUUUGGCCUGAGAUAUUUGAAUGUUAAAAGACAAUUUUUAUUUUGAUACGAGUGAUUUUAUGACGUGCCAAACUAGAAAUAAUUAAUACAGCGUAAUAAAGCCUGUUGA